AUGAUGAGAGCAACAAAAAAACGGCCCCCAGUCCCCGGCGGCCCCGCUAUUCCUGGCUACGGUGGCGACCAUGGUAACGGCGGGGCAGGGGGUGCUAAGAAUCUCCGGUGGAGGUUCGGUUGCCACCUUAGACGACUCGACCUGGCAACGUACAACGCACGCACCCUGAGGACUGACGAGAAGAUUGUGGAGCUGGAAGAAGAGAUAGACAAGUUGCGCUGGCAUAUUAUAGGAUUAUCCGAAGUCCGAAGAGAGGGGGAGGACACGGUAAUCCUCGAAUCCGGCAACUUGCUCUAUCACCGGGAGGGCGACCAUCUGUCCCAAGGAGGUGUCGGAUUUAUCGUCCACAAGUCUCUCGUUAACAACGUUGUAAAAAUCGGGAGUGUGUCGACGAGGGUUGCGUACCUUAUACUCAGAAUCACCAAACGGUAUUCGCUGAAGGUCAUACAGGUUUACGCACCAACCUCGGCACACCCCGAUGAGGAGGUGGAGGAAAUGUAUGAGGAUAUCUCUAGAGCCAUGCAUUCCUCCAAAACCCAAUAUACGGUGUUAAUGGGAGACUUCAAUGCAAAACUAGGCACAAGAGAGAACGGUGAGCUGAAAAUAGGGAAAUUUGGAAUAGGGCAACGGAACCCAAGGGGCCAGCAGCUGGCCGACUUCAUGGAGAAAGAGGGACUCUUUAUGAUGAACUCUUUCUUCCAGAAGCGGCCCCACAGGAAGUGGACCUGGUCGAGCCCCGACGGUUCCACAAAAAAUGAGAUUGACUUCAUUAUGACGACGACGACAACUGUUCAGUGA